AUGUCUUCUAAAGAAAGAUACCUUGGCUCUCCUCUGAUUCUUGGGCAUUCUAAACAAGAAGAUUUCAAAGUAAUUGAGGAAAACUUCAAGAACAGGUAUACUUCAUGGUCUUCAACUUCUCUCACUCAAGUUGGAAAAGCAACUAUGAUUAAGCAUGUAUUAAAUAUUAUUCCCAUCUAUCAAAUGGGCACCUUCAAGUUACCUACACAACUUCUGGAUAAACUCAUAGCAAUUCAGAGAAGGUUCUUCUGGGGGCAUAACUCUAAUAGAGGCUCUAAUCCAAUUGGUUGGCAAAAAGUUUGUAAAACUAAAGAAGCUGGUGGUCUAGAUUUUCGAGAUUUGGAAACUCUAAAUCUAGCACUCCUUACUAAGUUAGCUUGGAGGCUCUGCAAUAAUCAAGAUACCUUAUGGGGACAAAUCAUGGAAAGUAAGUACUUCAUAAGUGGUGAUAUCCUACAUCAAAGACUGGAAGCUAAAAAUUGUUCUUAUACAUGGAAUGGCAUCAUUAAAGGUAUGAAGAUUGUUCAACAAAAAAUUUUCAUGGGAGUCAACAAUGGCAGAAGAACAAAAAUUUGGCAAGAUAAAUGGAUACCAGGACUCCUUGUACCACCUUCUCCAAUUAAUGACUACUUCAUAUUUUAUCAGACUAUUGAAGAACUUCUCAUUCCUAACACUGGCUUUUGGAAUAUUGAUCUUCUGAGCACACUGUUUGCUCCAGAUGUUUCAUUAAAAAUACAAAGUAUAGUUCUGGAUGUCACUAAAGAAGAUGUGAUGCUAUAG